CGGAGAAAAGCCGGGUUUUCUUCUGCUGCUGAGCUCAAACCGCGACGAGUGUCUGCAGCGCGUCGAGCGGCGAUCAGCUGAUGACCACAGCAGCGGUCAGCUGCAGCCGCACGGCCGCACGGAGCCCGGCCCGAGCCCCGCUCACACCCCCGGGGGCUUUUGUCUGCGAAGGAGAACCUCAAGGGAGUACACAUAACAGAAAAGAAGAAAAAAAAAGAAGAGAAGCCGGCUCACAUUCAUGUAGACGCAGCAGCAGCAGCAGCAUCAGCAGCCAGUGAAGUGGCUAAAUGAAGAUCUUGUGAACAUGCACGAGAAGAGUACUCUACCUUUCACUUCCCCAGAUGCUUUGGCCCAAAGAAAGAUGGAAAGAAAUGGGAAGAGCUUGAGCCAAGACUGCUGCACAGAACCCAUUCAGUGAGCCUCGAUACGCCACGUCGCUUAGCUCCCCACCAUCCCCUUUGACCCCUUGACCAAGAAGCGCCGACAUGACCUCUGAGCUGGAGAGCAGCCUGACUUCCAUGGACUGGCUUCCCCAGCUCAGCAUGCGGGCAGCCAUCCAGAAGGUGGAUGCGGGACACCACCACGGACACCACCACCACCACCAUCAUCACGCUCACCAUCACGGGCACGGGCCUGGCAAGAAAAUCGUGCACUUGGACCCAGGGACGACUCUGGACCAGGAGGAAGCCGCGCAGCACAGAGACGGUAAACCCCCCUACAGCUACGCCAGCCUCAUCACCUUCGCCAUCAACGGCUCGCCGCGUAAACGGAUGACCCUCAGUGAGAUCUACCAGUGGAUCUGCGACAACUUCCCCUACUACAGAGAGGCGGGUAGCGGCUGGAAGAAUUCGAUACGACACAACCUGUCUUUGAACAAGUGUUUUCUCAAAGUGCCUCGCUCCAAAGAUGACCCUGGAAAAGGUUCCUACUGGGCCAUAGAUACCAAUCCUAAAGAAGACUCAGUACCCAGCAGGCCGAAGAAGAGGCCACGCUCUGGAGAACGGGCAUCAACACCUUACAGUUUGGAGUCGGAGUCUCUGAGAAUGGACUGCAUCAUGUCAGGAGGGGCGUCCCCAACUCUGGCCAUCAAUGCGGUUACCAACAAGGUAGCGCUGUACAACCCCGAAGCCGAAGACAGCGAGAGUCCCGUGAGCCUGGGUGGCAGCCUGAGCAACAGCCUCUCCGAGCAGAGCUUGGCAUCCGUCAACCUCAACAGCCUGAACAGCAACAUCACCAGCGGCAGCAAUGUACACGGCUACACACCAGUGAGCAGCCACUCGGAGCCUUCAUCCCAGUCCCUGAGUCUCCAACAGCCCACCCAGCCUCCACCGCCACCCCCUCCUCCUCCUCCUCUUCCACCACAGCCCCAGUACGGUUUACCCGUCCCCGAGUCGCGGGACAAGCAGCUCUGCUUCUCGGACUUUGAGGACCUCAGCGCCUCCUUCCGCAGCCUUUACAAGUGUGUCUUCGAGCAGUCUUUCUCACAGCAAGCUGGUGUGAUCAAUAUGAGUGACUCUGGCCAGCAGGCCCGGACAGCCUGCUCCUACCAGCACUCUCCUGGUGCCGGAAGCAGCAGCGGACAUCAUCACCAACACAACCACAUCCAGUCCCACCACCCUCACCUCUCGUCCCACCAGCACCAGGUGCACGGGCAGCGUGGCCAGCACCAGCAGCACCCGUCUCUCUCCCACCACGCUCACACGGUACAGAGCUGCUCCACGACAGGCUUGCCAUCCGACUGGUACCCCAACCUUGACUGGCUGAAAGAGAGCUGCCGCGUCGCUACCAGGUACAACUGGGCUGACGUAGACCUCUCCCCAUUUCAAGGUCUAAAGGAGAGCAUGCGGCAGGCUGAGCUCAACAACUGGUCUCUGGAUGCCACCCAGAUGGCUGACCUGUGUUCCUCCAUUAACCAGUUCUUCACAGCCACGGGGAUCACCCCCCCCCAGCAACCUCAGGUCCAACACCCGCCGGCACCGUCAGCGCCCCUGCACCCUCCUCAGCCGCACGGCGCCAUGCAUCCAAAGCCCGGCCACCACAAUCAGCACGCUCAGCACAACCCACAUAACCAUCACAUCGGCACAGGGACCAUUUACAUGGACUCCAGACAGAACCUUUCUUCCCUGAUGGGCCCGCCAGGAUAUCCCCACAUGCCUCCGAUGAGCAGCACGGCUCCAAACAUGACAGGUGACUCCUCCAUCGCUCUCUUCACAGGUCAUCACAGCCAGCUGAGCCAGCAGCACUUUCAGGUGAGACGCAUGCUCCCGGCCGACGACAUCCAGGACGACUUUGACUGGGACUCCAUCGUCUAAACGCAGGGGUCAGUCCAACAAAGGGGUGGUGGGAAGGACUUGAGACGAGCUCAGAGCCCCGAGGUGAUGUGUGACGGUGUCAGCGUGAGGUAUGGAACUGGCCAGCCCGCUCUCCGUUUCUACCAGAGCCAAGAAACGGACGACAAUCCAACAGAUGCUUUUGUUUGUUUGUUUUUUAACUCAUGCUGGCCUUUUUUGUAUGGCGAGCAGCUGAUGAGUCAUAAGACAAUCAUUAUAAAAAGUUGAGAAGUGACAGACUGAUGUAGGAUGACGGCAACAUGGGAACAUGAUACAUCCUCCGUGCCAACAGGGUUACAAGAGUUUGUCAAACUGUCUGUAAAUCUCAAUUGUGAAUCUCAACUGUGUUUUAUUUUAAUUUUUUUCUGUAAAAUGUUCCCAGCUCUAGCUUCUAUCCUAUGUCUGCAAUGUUUCACCAGAACCUAAUGAAGUUAACAGACUCCCUGAGAUACAACAUAAAUCACAGUUAUUUUCACACAUGCCAAGCACGUCCAAAUAUUUCAAAUUUUCAUUCUGUUUAAUAAUUUCUUCACUCUUUUACUGGCUUUCUCUAUGCUGCUGUGCAUCUCAACAAAACUUAGAAGGGAAGAAAUGAUGGUCGAUCACCCUGACGGGUGAGUAGAGCACCACCUGCUGGUUACAUAUGGGACACUUUCUCUUUGUCUUAAAAAGGACCUACCAUAUUUUGCCAAUAAUGUUCUGUCUUUAUCUUUGUUCUGUCACUCUGAACCCAAAUUCAUUUUUUUUCCUAUUAUUUUCUUACUAAGAUAUCACAAUCUUCAGUGUAAUAGUUCAUAUUACUGGGGGGGUUCACACACAUCUUCAUACCUUUGGCACCUGGGUGUAAAUGUGAGGUUAACUGUGAGUCGUGAACUGACGUCGUCAGUCUUCAGAUUCCGUCGGCUAACCGCGAGCGUCUCUAGGAAAGCACAUCGAAAAGGUUAAAAAAAAGGGAAAACAAAAGAACACCGAAGUUGGCUGGUUCAUUUUGCAGCCUUUGAUUUUUGAAGACUGUAUUGUUUCUGUAUCAUUGUAUCAUUAUCGGAGUGAAACCGGACACAGAAUGGAAGCAUUUCAUCAGGCGCACGUGUUUAUGGUUGGAGGAAUAAUUUAACCUAGUUUAAAAAUCUACACGUCCAAAUAUCACACACUCGACAUCCAAUCAUCAUCCAAAGAGGGACCAAAACACCUCAAAGCUUCACAGACAGAAACCCUAAAAGGACACGAUAGAUUAUACUAUUGAUUAUUGUAAGAAACAACAACCCAAAAAGAGGUUGAACCUCUCCUCUGUUUCAUGCGCACGUUGAAUGUUCUGGGUACUUUGAUAAUGAUACAGUAGAAACAUUAAUCUGCUACACAAUUAAAGGUAACUCAUCAGCAGCUUCCGGUCUUCAUUUCCUAUUUUGUAAGUUUGGCUACUGAUUCAGCAGCGUUUCACUGUAAGAUUUGCAGAUAUUUGUUAUAUCCAUGAACUAAAUGAAUAAAUGCUAUGGAAAACGAGCUUUGCAGUAGCACAAACACCCACAAAUUAAUAUGAAAACAAGAUGGAUGCCGGACUUGGACUUUGCCAAUAAUAAAACCGUUAUCUCAGAUAUAAUAUAAUUCAGUUUUUUUAAGUGUCUAUGAUUUCGGGGAAAAGUGCUUAUCAUUUCUGACCAGAAGGAGCAGGUUGCUUUGAGUUUAACGAUGCCUCUCGACGGAGAAAAUGAGCAGUUUUUGCACAAUGCCAAACUGGAUAGCGUCUAGUUUAAAAGAAAAAGAAAAAAGAAAGAAAAUAAAUAAAAGAAGAGCGUGACUUUGUUUUUAAUGAUUAUAAUAUUAUUUCUUUGUUUUAAAAGACAUAGAAAAAGCAGCUCGACAAGGAGCAAAGACAAAAUGCUUAACAUUUUGUUCACUGUGAUGUUAAUUUCGUCUGUGUGUACAAGUGUGUGUAGUCGUCUCCGAUUUCUUUUUGCAUACAGCUUAAAAAAUGCUUAAGAAACAUGAAUUUCUUCGUAUCAACACUUUUUAGGGUUUCCUACAGUGAAAUAAAUUACCUUAUUGGGAUUUUUUUUUUUCUUUUCGGAAAAAGUGGAGGUUACCUGAUUUAGGUACGUUUGGAAAAAGAAAAUUAGGGGAAAAAAACGGAAAAAAAUUGAUUUUUUUAUUCUCCAGAUGACAUUCCAUGAUUUUUCAAGUCAACUUUAUUUGAUAUGUUAAUAUACAUACAUUUUAUGAUUUCAGGCUUGCAUCGUAAUGUAAAAAAAUGUUGGUACUUGGGACUAGUUCUUGUAAGAAGGGGGGGGGGGGAUGUUAACUGGGUACAAAAGCAGUGCCCAUAGUAGGCCAUGUCUUUGAGGAGCAAAGUGUUUGCCACUUUGUCAUUAAAUUUUAUUUUGAAAGAAAUAUUCAGUGAUCCUUUGGACAAAAGACAAAGAAGACCUUCUAGACUGUAAGAACAAGUAAAAGAGCUUGGGCCUGGGUUGGUUUGGGAAUAUAGCAGCGUUCUUGGCAAAGGCCUUUUACACAUUUGUAGUGGCGUCAUUCAUGCAGAAAAGUACUGUGAAAUUUAAAAUGAUGUGCACCAUCUACAAGACAUCUUUUCCAGGGAUUUUCAUGCAUUUUUCAAUAAGACAAUACAAAACCACAUUCUGCAGUCUACACAGAGAGAGGGGAGGGGAAAGAGACUGACUCUCCAGCACUCUGGACCAAGUCCCCAGAAGGGGAUGUGUGGAGAAUUUAGAAAAAUAAAAAUGUGGCACGGUCAGUUACAAACUUUAAAAUGUGACUGCAGGAAAAAGUGAACAAAAAUAAAAAUGAUAACACUUAAAUUCCUGGUAUCCCCAAUGCCAAUAUGCCUUUUUAAUGUGUUGGUGUGAAGACUCGUCCAAAGUCUUUUGCAGGCCUGAAAUAAGAAAAAUAAAAAUGGAUGCAUUUAACAGAUUAAAUGACGUUUGAGGAACGUAGACAUGGAAUAUAAAAUAAUCUGAAUGUCCUGUCAUCAAAGAACAAUAAGUCAAAGUAAAUUCAAGAAUAAUUGUACUAUUUUUUUGGUUUUUAAUUUGCACUUUCCAUUUUGUCCCAACUUUUUCUGAGUUGGAAUUGGUUGUACUUCUGUGUAGUCAGGGUUUUAAUCUGCAGUAGGCAUCAGUCACAGCGCUCCCUACUUGCAGAGUCGGGGAGGGAUUCUGAUAAGGAGCACGGCUAAACCAAACUCUCAAUAAGGUUGUGGAGAAACCAGUUUUAAUUAUCUGAAACAGCUCAAACUCACACAUUUCUUAACUCUUCUAGAAAACACAGUUCUCUCUACAUUUUUUUUUACCAACAGACAUCUGCAUAACGUGGCUCGUAUUGUAUCCCAACUCGGACCGCGUUAAUCCGACAUCCAGCCCAUGUAAAUAUCUGUUGGCAUAAUUUAUGCUUGAACGUCUCUGAGGUCUGAGUAGCUUUUAGCCGAGGUUCUCCACAGAAUUCCUCCCUGAUUCUCCAGACUAACUGUUGCCCAGUGCAGGUAAGAGACAAACUACUUAUAUGUACUUUAAAAAAAAGGGAAAAAAGAGAAAAGAAAUCCCUUUUAAAGCCUAUUUCGUUUGGAAAAUCUCAGUGAUCAUUCAGGUGGUCAGAGCAAAAUCUCAUGUAAAAAUAAAAAAGAAAGAAAGAAAAAAAAAAAGCUCCUUCUUGCCAUUCAGUGCUGUAAUACAGUGACCAGCAUAUGUAUAUCCUCUAUGUUUGUGUGUGGUUGUCCUUGUAAAUAUCAGUAUGUUGCUCUUCUCUUUGCCCCUUAAAAACAGACUGAUUUAAAAAAAGAAAAAGAAAAAAAAAAGGGAAGUUGCGAACAGGGGUGGUAUUUUGUAACUUGUCCUUCAGGAGAUGCAUCAUGUACAUACUUUCAGUAUAUUGUAAAUAAGUGAUUUAAAAAAAAAAAGGGAUUGGCAUUUUUGUGUGUCCAUAAAUAUUCUGUGUAUGGCGGUUCAACGGUUAAAGUUUGUUUGAGUGUUUAUUAAAAUGUCAUUGAGCAUUUUUACGGCACUAAA